AUGUUCGGUGGCCGCACGGACCACCGAUCUCGUCCAAACGCCACUUCACGCCUUUUAAUCGAGUCCAGUGGUAUUGUCAUGAGCGCAAAUUUCAUCUCCAACUACCUCCCACGUAGCUGGACUCGCUCGUCUCACGAAUCAGCUGCAAUCGCCGAGCCCUCUAGUGAUGUAGCCCCAAACCCUUCGUCGGCGGAGGCCGGCGAUGACAGUGCAUCAACCCCAAAGGCAUCAGCAUCGUAUGCAACAUCGCCUGUACUAGCAGUGCCUACACUGAAUCUAGAGGAAUCUAAAGAGAAUGUGGCAGUCAAUAAAUCAGCAGAGGGACCGGUACUGACAGAUCUCAAUGCCCGAAAACAAUAUGCAAAGUCGUCAGCACCGUCAUCUAUGCCCCCACCAAAGCGGUCGACCAUUACAGACACUUCUUUGAUGCCACCGCCUCCAGUCCCGCGCCUCUGCACAACACCUCAACCCAAUCGGACCCCAGGUGGAGGGCUUCAACCACCCCGUGUCAGUGGCUCUCCUCGUCCGCCCCCGUCCGCCGCCGCAGGACUGCGUGUGCCCCCAGGCGCUGGAAGCAGCGGUCUCAGCAGUAGUACAUUGGCGCCGACAUCCUUAUCUUUGAAGAAACCAUCAUCUUCCAAAAGAGUGAUCCUCGACCCGGGCUACUCCCCUCUCGACUGGGCAGCACUGGCAGCGAAUCCUAAUAGCCAACUACGUGGUGCAGGAGUCCCGCAAGGUCUACUACGCGUGACGCCAUCUAUGCUGAAAAUACAGAAUGGACGCAAGGGCCGCGACGCUUGGACAUCGUACUUGGGCAAAGUGUACAAUAUCAACCCUUAUAUCCCAUACCAUCCUGGUGGAAAGGGGGAACUCCUGCGCGGCGCGGGGAAGGACUCUGGGAAAUUGUUCCUGGAGGUUCACCCAUGGGUCAAUUGGGAUGGCAUUCUUAAUGAGUGUUUAGUUGGCAUUUUGGUUUCUGAGAAUGAUACCCAGGAUGAGGGUACCCUGGAUGCGAUGGACUAA